GUUUCGGUUCUCCGAUUUCACAAGGAGAAACACGCAAUCGUGACGGACUUCUAUAACGUUUGUACUAGAGAAUUCUGUUUAGAGAUGAUUUUAUUCGAUAAAGUUCCUAUUGCACAUUAUAUUACGAAUCUAUGGCAUUGGGAUGUGGAAUGGGAAGAGGAAAAUCCUGAAUAUCGGUGUUUCCUGCGUUUGGCCCAUGUUGUGAACGCUGCAAAGGUCUUGUUGAUUAUUGAAAUUUUGAUCAUUCCCAUAUAUGUUCGAUUUCUAUUUCCAUGGUGGAUAUUCUGGAUAGGUCCCCACUUUGUUAUUAUUCUCCUCACUCUAUAUGCUCUCAAACAAGAGAAGCAUCGAUGGAUGUGGCCAAUCAACCUGUAUGCAGCCUUUCAAUUCGCCGUAUGGGCUCUGGUAACAAUAUUCAAAAUCAUCAUUGCAAUUUUCGAUACGGAUGCUUACUUACGAUUCUACGGACAGUCUCACCAUGAAGAUUUUCUAACAAGAGCUAUCAUACUGAGUAUUAUCAAAGCAAUUGUACUAUUGAUAGGAGCAGCACUGUUUUGGCGAUUGGCGGUAUUCCACACAACCCGACGAUAUUUUGAAGCAAAGGCUGACGGAGCUGUUCCAGUUGAUGAAGCCACAGGAGUGGAAAAGUUGAUGAAGCCUGUAUAGCAUCAUAAAUAACUUCAAGUUACUUAUGCACCAAAAAAGCUUAUGUACACUUCACUACAAAUGUUAGAUAUAGAGUUUUUCUGUUUGAGUGUGAAUUCUAUUA